GCUACAGAACCCGAAGCGUACAGCUGCGCCCGACUCAUAAUUUCUACCCUAAACUUUGAUCCGCCACCCGACAGCUGUAAUGAGUUCGAAGAUCCUCUUUAUGAUACCCAUGAGUUAUCGGGGCUAGCACCGAGAGGCUACAACUGCACUCUGGACAUAAAACUGAUCCUGAGUCGCCUUGUAGACGGUAGUAAAUUUCUGGAAUUCAAAGCUGACUAUGGAACAACACUGGUGACUGGAUUUGCUGCCAUUGAAGGAUAUUUGGUUGGAAUUGUAGCUAGCAAUGGUGCACUUACCCAUGAUGCUUCACUGAAAGGAAGCCAUUUUGUACAGAUCUGUAACCAGCGUAACAUCCCUCUGCUGUUUCUUCAAAAUACAACUUCUCAGGAACCUCUCCCACUGAGUCUGUCCAAGUGCGGGAGAUCAUUUGAUCCAAACUUUUUCUUCCUUUGGCCAAAUGCAAGAAUUGGUCUUGUAGAUGCAGACUGUGCUCCACCUAACAGACGGGAUGGGGAUGGGUCAGAAGAUGGGGAAGAAUUCACUGCUUUGCUGACC